GAGAUUUUUGUUGAUGUAGCUUAUUACAAGUAAGAGUACACUCUAUCUAUUGGCAUAUACUCUAAGGUAGCAGUUAUCGACAAGUGUUUUGCAGGAUUUGCCAAAUAAAAAGGAAAAAUGCUUACUCAAAGGCUAACUAUAAAUGUACCAAAAGUUAUCAAACGUAACAUUGGUAUUCUUGCACCAGCACUUCAAAAAGCAACAGAUCCCAUACAACAACUUUUCAUAGAUAAAAUCCGUGAAUAUACAGCAAAAAGCAGUGGUGGAAAAUUAGUUGAUGCUACUCCUGAAAUUGAAAAAGAAAGGCAGUCAGAGCUUGACAGAAUUCGGAAACAAUAUAAUAUACAAGGUGAUCCAAAAGAAUUCCCAAAACUUAAAUUUGCAGCUGUGGUAGUCGAAAAAUAAAUGCAGUAUGUAACUCCUUAUAUAU